UGGAGCUGCAUAGUUCGCUGUCUCUGCGCUGUGAGGGGAAAACUAGCAGAUCCCAGAUCAGCCGUACCGCCGUUCACAUACACCGGAACUGCUCCGGGAUCUUCAGCGGAGGUUUUGUUAGGUGUCAACAGUAGAGCUAAUUUAAUACUGAAGAGAAGUGAGCGCAGUUUAAUAUUCAGCUGUUAUUCUACAGUAUAAUCAGUAAUUAUAUAGUUAAAUAAACAGGCGGAGUGAAGGACACUGCUGUCAGGAUGAACGUGACUUUAGCUGUGAAGCAGUAUGUCUCCAAAAUGAUAGAAAGCAGCGGACCAGGAAUGAAGGUUUUACUAAUGGAUAAAGAGACGACCAGUAUCGUGAGUAUGGUUUACACACAGUCUGAGAUCCUUCAGAAAGAGGUAUACCUGUUCGAGCGGAUCGACUCCCAAAACCGAGAGAACAUGAAACAUCUGAAGGCCAUCUGCUUUCUGCGACCGACCAAGGAAAAUGUAGAGAAUCUGAUUCAAGAGUUGCACCGGCCCAAGUACAGCGUCUACUUCAUCUAUUUCAGUAAUGUCAUUAGUAAGAGCGAAGUGAAAGCUCUGGCUGAGGCUGAUGAGCAGGAGGUUGUUGCAGAGGUGCAGGAGUUCUAUGGAGACUUUAUCGCUGUGAACCCUCAUCUCUUCUCCCUUAACCUACAAGGGGUAGUCAGGGGUCGCAGCUGGGAACCCACUAUUCUUCCACGUGUCACUCAGGGCUUAACCUCAGUACUGUUGGCCUUGAAGAAGUGCCCCAUGAUCCGCUACCAGCUCUCCUCUGACAUGGCUAAGAGACUAGCUGAAAGUGUCAAACAAAUCAUCACCAAGGAAUAUGAGCUGUUUGACUUUAGAAAAACAGAAGUGCCUCCCCUACUCCUGAUUCUGGACAGAAGUGAUGAUGCCAUCACACCCCUUCUCAACCAGUGGACAUAUCAGGCUAUGGUUCAUGAGCUGCUGGGUCUCAACAACAACAGAAUAGACCUAUCCCGAGUUCCUGGCAUCAGCAAAGACCUGAGGGAAGUGGUGCUGUCUGCAGAGAACGAUGAGUUCUAUGCCAAUAACUUAUAUCUGAACUUUGGUGAGAUUGGGACAAACAUUAAGAACUUAAUGGAGGACUUUCAGAAGAAGAAGCCGAAGGGUCAACAGAAACUAGAGUCUAUUUCUGAUAUGAAGGCGUUUGUGGAUAACUACCCGCAGUUUAAGAAAAUGUCAGGCACUGUUAGCAAGCAUGUGACGGUGGUGGGGGAACUGUCUCGUCUUGUCAGCGAGAGGCAGCUGAUGGAGGUGUCUGAGGUAGAACAGGAGCUGGCCUGCCAGAAUGACCACUCCAGUGCCCAGCAGAACGUGCGCCGCCUUCUGCAGAACCCUCGUGUGGCGGAGCUGGAUGCAGUGAGGCUGGUGAUGCUCUACGCUCUGCGCUACGAGAGACACAGCAGUAACAUCCUGCCCAGCCUCAUGGAUGAGCUCAACAGGAGAGGAGUGUCUGAAAAACACUGCAAGAUGGUACAGGCCAUGAUUGACUAUGGAGGAAAACGGGUCAGAGGAACUGAUCUUAUUACUGCUACAGAUGCUGUGGCCAUCACUAAACAGUUUUUUAAAGGACUAAAGGGUGUGGAGAAUGUCUACACACAACACCAGCCCCUGCUGCAUGACACACUGGAUCAGCUGAUUAAAGGCCGUUUAAAAGACAGUCAGUUCCCCUAUCUUGGGCCAAGCUCUCUUCGGGACAGACCACAGGACAUAAUUGUGUUCAUUAUUGGAGGAGCCACAUAUGAGGAAGCACUGACUGUUUACAACCUGAACCGCACCAUGCCGGGCGUGCGUAUCGUACUCGGAGGGACCACCAUUCACAACACCAAGAGUUUCCUGGAGGAAGUGACAUCAGCUGCAGGUUUAGGGCAUGGAUCUUCUCGUCCACCAACCAGACGCUGAGGAAUCAACCAUGCUUUUCUUUUCAUCUUUAUCACCUAUUGCACACAUUCCUCUCCAGUGACAUAAACCUGAAAUACUCUGCUGUCUGUCAAAGGCAUGAUCUCAUCCAGACCAUGAUUUCCAGCAUAUCACAAGUUCUGUGAAACUAAAGUGAGCUGUACUUGUGACCUAAGCCUAUGAUCAAGAAUGUGAUCUCUAAAUCUGUGCACUAAACACUGGCAAAUAAAAUGUUUCUGUAGAGGAGACAUUUGUGAAGAACCUUUUUUAAAUUGUUAAAAAAAAUCCAAAAAAGCUCCACACAGCUCCUUUACAAAAAUGGUUCUUCAGUGGAAUCACUGUAUAGUAAAAUAUAUGAAUAUGAACACACUACGAUAAUAAUGAGCCCUUGUCCCUCUAAAGCAAAACUAAGAAAGCAUGUGUACCAUCCCCAAGCUAUCUAGAUUAUGUUGAAAUUAAUCUCUGACAUUCAUGGUUUUAUGACAUUAAAGUAAAGACAUUAAAAUGGAGAAUGGUCUCUGUACUCCACUGGUUCCACUUUAUACUGGUUCCACUUUAUAUUAGUGCAGUGGUCAUCUCUGCUCCAGCUAAUUAAGGUCUUUGGAAGGCCUGAGUUACCUGGAUCAGGUGUAUUAGCGGGUGGGUGUCCAUCAUGUUUUAAGUUUGAGUUGCUCUUAAAGUCUCCAGAUUGAGGGUUGGUGAGCACUUCUUUAAUGAGUACAUUUCAGAAAUCAAAACUGGAUCACACCAACAGAAUAUAUAUUUUCUUUGGGUGUAAAUCAUUGAAGUGUAAAUUUGUUGCUGGUUAAUGUAGAGCUUAUUAACAGUUACUACCAGUGUAAUAGAAGUCUAAACACUCAGUAUUGCUUUUAUUAUUAUGAUGUUUUUGUUCUACUACAAUUUGCUUUUCUGUUAAAUUCUCUCAUCGCUGUCAGUUUGUGAUUAUACUGCUGAAACAUAAUACGUUUGAUCUGUAAAUGAUGUAUGUUUAUCUUUAAUAAAC